AAGUAAAUAUGAUGAAUAAACCUAAUGUUGUUUCUAAUAAAAAUUUGUCUAGCAAAAGUAACCUGAACACCUUGGGUAAUAAUUUUACAUGUAGAUCUAAAAGUAAUUUAAUGAAUUAUUGUAGGUAAUAAUUCUUCAACUAUUAAUUUAAAUCCAAAUAUUACACUUGAAAGAAAUGGUAGUAUGCCUAAUAUAAAUCUAACGGGUAGUAGAAUACGCACAGAUAAAACUACUAACUUACAUUUUGCAUAUGAUGGAUACCUAUGCGGCUUAGUAGCCAAAUAUGAUGCAAAAAAAAAAAUGGAAAAAGUUUUGUCUAACAUAAAAAACCAAGAAAAAAUCUUUGAAGAAGAAAUGAUUUCAAUAGAAAAAAAUUUAUCAACAUUAAACAAUGAAAUAGAAAAUAAGCAUAAACUUAAAUCAGAAAAAAAUACAUUAAAUAGAGAUAUUACAGUUUUUAAACUUUUGGAUAAUACACGUAUGUUCAAUAGUAUUGAUGAAAAUAUCAUAACCUUAUUAUAUGACGCAGUUCAUAAAAUUAUUUUAAAAAAUUUUGAAAAACUUGAAAAUGUUGACAUAGGUGUUGUUACAAUUUUAUUAGAUGAAAUAUUAAACCCUUCAAUAUUAUUAGAUUUUAAUAAUAAAAUAGAAGUUCGGCAACAUAUAAAAAACUUAUCUAUAAAAAUUGCUAAGCUAACUAAAGAAUUAGAUCAACAAAAAUCAAUGUGUGAAGAAUUGUUUGAGGAACAUGAAAUUUUAUACUACAAACAUUUAUCUUUAAAACUUUUGAAAUCUCAAUUUGGAGAAAAUUCUGAUUUAAAAUUAAAUCUUAUGAAUUGCGGGGCAGAUAUUAUAAAUUAAUUCAAGAUAUAAAGUAAUAAUUCAAACAUAAGAUUAUUAAUUUCUUUAAAAUUAAAAAUACAUCCUAUUUUUGUGAAUUUUUUUUCAUAAAAUCAUAGUUAUUAAAAGUUAUGAUAGGCUUGGUUACACUAAGAAAAAUUUAGGAGUAAUUAAUGUAAAAUUGUAAUUUUUCUUAUAAUUAAAUUAAUAAUUAUUUAUUACAAAAAUAUUGUUUUUUUCAGCUGUUAACUAUGAAUUUAAGUUUAAUGUUAAUUUUUUUUUACUUUGUAUUUUUUUAAAUAUUAAACUUAUGUAAUAUUUUAUAUUAAUUUAAAAUAAAAAUUCUAUUGAAUGUAAAAUAAAAUAAUUUUCCAGUAAUGAAGAAUUAUAUACAUAAUUUUAUCAUAUUUAAUUUUUCUAUAAGUAUGCUUGUAUAAUUUGUUCGAAAUUUAAAACAACAAAAUUUUAAAACUUAGAUAAAUUUCUAUCAUAUUUUCCCAGUAAAAUUAAGAUAUACAAAUAUAAUGAAAUUAUGCCAUCUAUCCUAUUUUACUUCAUCAUAAGAUCAAAAUAGAACAUUUGACUUUUUAAUUGUUUUAAAUACUAAAUUAAUAUUUUAUGAAAUAGCAAAUAUCUUAAAUUUUAAUUUAGUUUUUGUUUUAUCAUAAAAGUUUAAAUUAAUCAUGUUACAAGAGAUAAACGUUAUGUGUACUAUUAUACUCAGAGUUCCCCUACCUUAUAAAAACUUAAUACAAUCAUUAUGUAUAAAAAACUAUUAAGAUAUAAAGUAUGUAAGUGACAUAGUUAUAAUUUUGAGAAAAAUUAAAAAAAAAAAAAGGUAAAAUUAUCAAAACAUUAUAUAAUUAUAAUUAUAAUUAUGAAUAUUUUGAAUUAUAAGUAGUCAUAUAGAAAAGUUAGUUUGUUAGAAUAAGUUGUUUUUAGUUCAACAAGUUUGAUAAUCUAGAACAAUUAUUCAUGUGACAUUAAAAAUAUAAAUUAUCUACUAUAAUACUUAUUGGAUUAUAUUAUGAAAUUGAGUAGGAUGCAAUAAUGGUAUUCAAUCUUUAUUGAAAUACAAAAUACAUGAAAAAUUA